UGGGACUUGGACUGUGACUCCAGCAGGACCUCAGAGCUUCUCUCUGGCAUGGGAGUGUCUGUCCUUAAGAAGGACAAGCUGGACAAUGAAAACACGCCACAAGAUGUGCCGGGGUCAUCACCCUCUUCUCACAAGCGGCAGAAGGUGAAGGAGAAGGACUUCGUCAUUGUGCGCCGGCCACGGGUGUCCCGAGAAGCUGAAAGGGGGGUUUGCUCUUUCCAACUUCCAGAUGAAUUGCUUUUGGCCAUCUUUGCGUAUUUGCCCCUAAGUGACUUGCUAGGAGUUUCCGUUGUUUGCAAGAGAUGGCAUUGUCUUUCGUUUGAUGAAUCUCUCUGGCAGACUCUUGAUCUGGCUGGUAAAAUUUUGCUGCCAGGAGUGGUUGGACAGUUGCUUCCUGCAGGUGUUAUUGUAUUCCGCUGUCCACGAUCUUGUAUUGGGAACCCAUUGUUCAAAACAAGCAAACCUCUCAAACUCCAAUGUAUGGAUUUGUCGAACUGCACAGUGUCUGUUGCAAAUCUCCAGAGUAUUCUUGCUCUGUGUGAAAAGCUGCAGAAUCUGAGCUUGGAGGGACUGGUGCUUUCUGAUGACAUCAUCAGGAAUAUUGCUCAGAAUCCCAAUUUGAUGCGACUGAAUCUCUCUGGGUGCUCAGGGUUUGCUGCAGAACCCUUGGAGCUGAUGUUGAGCAGCUGUUCUGUGUUGGAUGAGCUGAACUUGUCCUGGUGUAACUUCACAGCCACCCAUGUCAAAGCAGCAGUCAAUCAUGUUACUUCAAAAGUAACCCAAUUAAAUUUAAGUGGCUACAGACAGAAUCUACAAAUGCAAGAUGUUCAAACACUGGUGGAAAGAUGUCCUUCACUUGUCAAUUUAGAUCUAAGUGACAGUGUGAUGUUAAAGCCUGAGUGUUUCCAGUAUUUCCAUAAACUCAGCUGUCUACAACAUCUGUGUCUUAGCCGAUGUUAUCAGAUAUCCGCUGCUGCGUUAGUAGAACUUGGUGGAAUUCCGACAUUAAAGACUCUUCAGGUAUUUGGAAUCGUGACUGAUGGCUCCCUACAGAUCCUCAAGGAAUCUCUUCCUGAUAUAGAGAUCAAUUGUUCAUACUUUACAAGCAUCGCAAGGCCAACUGUUGGUAGUAAAAAGAGCCAUGCGAUUUGGGGCAUCAAAUGCAAACUGACACUGAGCAAUCCUAGUGGCUUAUGA